GAUUGUCCACUCAUACGAGACACGUCGAGGAGAAGGAAGGUAUGGCUUCUGGGCUUCCAACGGCCUGGUUCUGUGAACCAGUGACUUUUGAAGAUGUAACCGUGGGUUUUACUCCAGAGGAGUGGGGACUGCUGGACCUCGAAAAGAAGUCCUUGUACAGGGAGGUGAUGCUGGAGAACUACAGGAAUCUGGUCUCAGUGGAACAUCAGCUUUCCAAGCCAGAUGUGGUAUCUCAGUUAGAGGAGGAGGAAGAGCUCUGGUCGGUGGAGAGAGGAAUUCCUCAAGACACCUUUUCAGAGUGCCCUGAGGCUCAGCUGGACCCCCAGUUGGAUCCUCUUCCUGCUGGGAAUCCCCUGAUGAAGAUCGAGGUUGUUGAAGUCCUCACACUGAACCGGGAGGUAGCUUGUCCCCGGAAUGCCCAGAUCCAAGCUCUCUAUGCUGAAGAUGAGGGCCUGAGCCCAGACGUUCUCUGGGAGCCCACUCCACAGCUGGGCGAGCAUCCAGCUGACCCCGAGGCCGCUCGCCAGAGGUUCCGGGCAUUCCGCUUUGAGGAGGUCCCAGGGCCCCGAGAGGCCCUGGCUCAGCUGCGUGAGCUGUGCCACCAGUGGCUGCGGCCCGAGGUGCGCUCCAAGGAGCAGAUGCUGGAGCUGCUGGUGCUGGAGCAGUUCCUGGGUGCCCUGCCCGGGAAGCUCCAGAUGUGGGUGGAGUCACAGCACCCAGAGAACUGCCAGGAGGCCGUGGCUCUGGUGGAGGAUGUCACCUGGAUGUCCGGGGAGGAAGCGCUGCCUGGCCAGGAGCCCACCUGCCCUCUAGAGACCGCGGCUCAGCAGGAGGAGAAGGAGCAGGAGGCUGUGGCCUCCUGGCCAGAGAAGGCACUGCCUGAGGAGCCAGUGACCUUCCUGGACGUGGCUGUAGACUUCAGCAGGGAAGAAUGGGGGCUGCUGGACCCGACGCAGAGGACCGAGUACCAUGACGUGAUGCUGGAGACCUUCGGACACCUGGUCUCCGUGGGGUGGGAGACUACACUGGAAAACAAACAGUUAACUCCAAACUCAGACACUCCUGAGGAAGAACCAGGCCAUGACCUGAAAGUGGAAGAAUUUUCAAAGGCUGACGCCUGGUCCUCUACCUCAGGGGCCGUCCUGCAGGGUGGGGUCCCAGAAGUCUCAGACGCAACGUUGAAACACGUGGGGUCUGCUCAGGAAAAAAUCGUUCCUCAGAGGCGGCACUGUGAACGCCCCAGAUCCCAGGUAACCACGGGUCUUGACGCGAACCACGUUUCACCCCAGAAAACUCUUCCUAGAAAACGCUUGCGCAAGCGUGGCUCGCGGGUUAAAAAGAUGAUGCCUAAUCCACAUGUGAAAAUUCGUCAGAAGAAGAAAGGAGAAAAGGCUGGGGAGAGCAGUGGCUGUGGGAGGACCAUUGGCCGGAGCGCCCUGCAGAUCACGUUCACGAGGAUCCACAAGGGGAGUCAGGUGUGCCGGUGCAGUGAAUGUGGCAAAACGUUCCGGAACCCGAGAUACUUUUCUGUGCAUAAGAAAAUCCACACGGGAGAGAAGCCCUACGUGUGUCAGGACUGUGGGAAAGCGUUUGUUCAGAGCUCCUCCCUCACACAGCACCAGCGAGUUCACACUGGAGAGAGACCAUUUGAGUGUCGUGAGUGUGGGAGGACCUUCAAUGACCGCUCGGCCAUCUCCCAGCACCUGCGGACUCACACCGGAGCCAAGCCCUACCAGUGUCAGGACUGCGGAAAAGCCUUCCGCCAGAGCUCCCACCUCAUCAGGCAUCAGAGGACUCACACUGGGGAGCGCCCCUACACGUGUAGCAAGUGCGGAAGGGCCUUCACCCAGAGCUCACACCUCAUUGGGCAUCAGAAAACGCACAGCGGGGUGAGAUGUAAAAAGAAACGGCCGACCUCAUAGCCCGCCACCGGCGGAAGGUAUGCUGCCUUUUCAACCCGAUCCUGCAAUUGUAACAUGAAUGGGCCUGGUUGGGGUCGGAACUGAAUGUGGAAAGAAGCAUUGAGUGAUGUUCUCAAGACAAAAGGACAGCCAGGGAGACCGCCCUGCACAUGAGUAUGUAAGAAACUCAGGAGAAGUUGUUGCUGAUGAAUGUAACAGUUGGAAAAACAUUAAUUUUUCACUCAGUUGAUUUGUUAUAAUUUGUUCAUUUGGUCAUUAAAAGUGAUAUUAAUGAAACCUGCAAAUGCUUAUUAUAAUGUAAGUUUAAAGAUUCUGGUACCAAAAAAUCUGUGCACUGAUAUUAUAUUUGUGAUAAAGUAUUUAUGUGUUUGGGCAAGGACUAAAAGAGAACAUGGAUAAAUAAACUAUAUAUUUCUGUGGUA